GCCGGGUGCCUCCUCCUAUUCAGGUGAACCAGACUGACCAUUGUGAAUCAUGCCCAUCUGAUCUGCCGGGUCAUUUAGGUGGUCGAAAAGUUGCGAUAUCAAGGGAUGAAUUCAGUUUAUUAUUUACAGACCCUGAACCUGCAGCCUCAAAAUCUGUAAAGAUUGUACAUAUUUCUUCAUUAGGACUACCCAAUUUGAAAACAGGAUUAUCGGAUGACGACUUGCGGGAAUCAGCAUAUGAGAUAUUGCUCGCAUGCAUGGUAUUUGCUGGGGUUGAAGUUCAUUCUUUUGGGGAUAAGAAGAAAGAGAAGAAUUCUAGCUUUCUGGCUGGGUUGAAGAAUAAAAGGGAUAAAAGACAUCCACGGUCUCAGUCUCCCGAAAGCCAUUCAGAGCUUGUUGACACCAUUCGUGCACAAAUGCAGAUUUCAGAAGCAAUGGAUGCAUUUGUUAGACAAAGAUUGGCGGAGUUUGCUUCAAGGAGAGCAUGUGGACAGAUAGAUGUUCCUCAAAUCUUAUUGGGGCUUUUAAAUGGCAUAGUCAAUUCCAAUUUUCUUAAUGAAAAAUCAUAUACACAAUGGAAGAAGAGACAAGCAAAUAUUCUUGAAGAAAGUCUCACUUGUACCAACUGCAUAAUGGAUGAACAGCAAACUGUUGGGAUUUCACUUGCUAAAAUCAGAAAUGCAGAGGAAUGGGACUUUAUGAUGUCCCCUUCUGAACGUGCUGAGGUCCUAUUAGCCAUUAGGCAGGUUGCUUUGGUAUUGUCAUCUGUGCCUGGACAUUUUGGUAUUCCAGGUGAAACAUACUAUUGGAGUGCUUGUUAUCACUUGAACAUUAGGCUUUAUGAGAAGUUACUCUUUAGUGUAUUUGACAUUCUUGAAGAAGGGCAGCUCAUAGAGGAAGCUGAUGAAAUCUUUAGCAUUAUCAAGUUGACCUGGUCUAUAUUAGGUAUUACCCAGAAACUGCAUGAUGCGUUGUACGGGUGGGUUCUUUUUCAACAGUUUGUUCAGACAGAGGAGGCACCAUUACUGGAUCAUGCAACCAAGGAAGUGAAGAAAGUUUUAUAUGCUGAAGAUACUGAUGGGAACGAGGAACGAUAUAUGAAUAGCCUACUAUGUUCCACAUCCAGCAGUGGAAGCGAAAUGAGAUUAGAUUUGAUUCAGGCUAUUUUUACCUCAAUGAGCCUCUGGUGUGACAGUAAACUACAAGAUUAUCAUCUGCAUUUUAGUCAGAAAUCUAGAUUCUUUGCGAGGGUGAUGACCAUGGCAUUGGCUGUUGGAAUGUACAAUUUGGGUGAAUCUGGUGAAAUCAAGUUAACAAAUUCUGAUAAUUUGAGUAAGAUUGCUGCCCGAAAAGUCAGAACCUGUAUUGAGAGGUCCGUUGAAGCUGCAUCCAGGCGGGUAGCAGAUACAAUUGAUCUUGGAUCCAAAAUAGACAGGGCACAUCCUUUGGCUCUGCUUGCUAGUGAACUAAGAUUGAUUGCUGAGAGAGAGCUCACUGUGUUUAGUCCAGUCUUGCAUCAUUGGUGUCCCGAAGCUGGGAUGGUUUCAGCGAUAUGGCUACACCGAUUUUAUGGUGAAAGACUGGAACCAUUUCUCAAGAGAGUAACAAGUCUUUCUGAAGAUGUCAGGUUGGUUCUUCAUGGAGCUGAUGCAUUGGAACGUAGCUUGAUUGAGCUUUAUUCGUCUACAUGUGAAGAAAAUGGGUUGGAUUACUCUUUCACCCAAGAAUUUGACCACUAUCAGAUUAGCAUAAUUGCUAGACCAAUUAUUCUUGAUUGGGUGAUUGCUCAACAUGCACGCAUCUUGGAAUGGACUGGACGUGCUUUCAAUCUUGAGGAUUGGGGACCUUUAUCAUAUCAGCAAAAACAAGCAGCUUCAGCAGUUGAAGUUUUUAGGAUCAUAGAGGAGACUGUGGAUCAAUUCUUCGGGCUGAAUCUGCUAAUGGAUAUCACACACUUGCAAGCUCUUCUGUCUAUACUUUUCCACACUUUGGAUGCAUAUUUGUUGAAUGUGGUUAGCCAGUUGGUUGAGAAGCACCAUCUAUACCCUUAUGCUCCGCCUUUGACUCGUUACAAGGAAACAACAUUUCCUAUAAUCAAGAAGAAGAUGGUUGAGUGUGUACCUCUGGAAGAAGAAGUGAAUAAUAAGCUGAAUGAAUUGACGAUAUCCAAGCUCUGUAUCAGACUGAAUACUCUUCAAACUGUUGUUGAAGAAAUGGCUAUUAGAUGGACACUUUUUCCGGACUGUAGCAGCCAAGGGCUUUUCCUGGUCUCUUUAUGGUGUUGAAGAAUUCUAUGCCAUCCUUAGUAUUCUUGCCAUGCAGAUUCCUGUAUAUUCAGAAACAAAUCACUACACUUGAAGAUGGCAUUAGGAGAUCUUGGGCAUCUGUCAGACGAUCGGAAGAUCGUAGAUGGUGUAAGUACUCUGUGUAUAGUUGGGUUUUGGGAACAUGCAACUGAUGAUUUAUUUCUAUUUUUUAAUAUGAAAUUCAGGGUUUAAUUCCUUAAUUAUUGAAUCGUUUGAACUUGAUGGUAAUAAUUGUCCUUAACUUGCUAUUCAUGAUAUUGGGAUAGUGUGUGAAACCCACUAUGUGACCAGACCAAGUGACAUCAUGGACCAACAAGACCUUGUCCUAUGCUCCUAUAUUACCGUUUGUUCAAUCACUACUGGGUAUUAUCCUGGCAUAUUGUGCCUUCCUUUUUAUCCUUCCUGAGAAGGUUUUGAAAGAGAUUUAUCAAGAGCUUGGAAGAUUUUUCUGGAGUACGACAGAGCUUAGGAAAUCUAUCUCAAAAGCUGAAAAGAAUAUUACUAGACAAACAAAGGAACGAGUCUGGGUAUUAUCUGCAGGAAUGGAAGGGUCCUAUGAUGGCGAAACCUAUGUGGCACCUGAUCUCAAAUGUAGUAGUCUGGGUAAAAAGGUCCAAAGACUCCACAUCCAUAGAUUCGAAGGCAAAUGUUUUUGUAUGGUUGGCAGCUCACUGCACUGUAUAUGGUGUUUUAGGCAAUUGUUUUAGUUGAGAGAUGAAAGUAGGUCUCAUGUAGAGCAUGUUAUUGGAAUUAGACAGGAAACUUUGCUUGGCAUGACAAUUGGCUAUCUUAUGGUUCAGUAGUUCCAGAAAUGCGUACCAGAGUCAUCAAUGUGGCCGGAAUAAAUUGACCACUGGACCGACAAUUAGCUUAUCAAAAAUUCUAAUGGAUGGAGCGGGCUGUAACCAACACAGGAAAACUGAACUAAACAAGAUGCCAUCACAUGGAAAGGGAUGGUCUAUUUCCAACUGAGUCAGCUUGGAAAGCUUUGAGAUGUCCAUCCUUCCUGCUGUUUUUGUUUCACGAGAGGGAUACCUCGACACUCAUCUAUCGUGCAUUGGGAGAGCAAGAAAAACUGAACAUUCCUGAUAGAUUUCCUGCUUUUAGAUCAAAUCAACUGUUCAAAUGUGUGUUUUGCAGCUUAGUUAAGGAUCAGUUCAUUUUUUUCCCCUACUGAAUCGACCAAAAUGUUUUCUGAGGGCUGCCAAUCACUGGAAGGGUAAAACUCUCUCCAAAACAAUUUACAAAUUGUUUUAGGAGCUACAGGUAUUGCAUAGGGAGAGAGAGAAACUCUGGAACCUUUUUCAAUGACAACA